UUUUGUUUGGUUAACAAUGAAUAAUCAUAUUCAAAUUACGUGGUGAGCUCCGUCCCAAGAACGAAUUUACCUACGAGUAAAAGAAAUAACUCAUUUUGUUUUAUGAAAAUUAAAGCUCGGAUUACUAACGAACAAUCUUUUGACAUAAUUAAAGAACUUUCGCGGAGCAUAAACUGAAAUUGUAGGACACAGGGUUCAGCGCUGCCAAUGUGGCUCAACUUUAAGUCGGACAAUCGUAACCAAUCACAUGGCGGCAAUGGGAGACUUUUGCCAAACUCAACACAAGGUGAAGGGUCAACAAAGAAACUGGCGGCCCGACAGUUCUCGCGUCAAAAUAGCAGCCGGAGCAGCACACGAUCUGCGAAGUCCUCGAUACUAAAGAAGCUGGAUGAGCAUGAAAUGAAGACAAAGACAACAGAAUGGCAGAAAAAUCAAGACUACCAAAUGAUCCGAGAAAGACGAAAGAUAUUGCGCAAACAAAUUGGUGCUAAACUACGUGCCGUUAGGAGGUUAUAUGUACCAUCAAUAUUGGGAGUGUGCCUCGGAAUUGUUUUUAUUUUUGGCGCAACAAUACGUACUUUAAGCGAUGGAACUAUCUUUUGGACUCAGAGAGAGCAGUUCAAGAUUAUUGGACCUAUAUUGCUAAUAGUCGGAAUUAUAUUGCUACUGACGGCGGUUGGCCUGGAAACCCAUAGUCGAGAAAAACUGAAGAAAGCUGGUAUAGAAGAAGUCAAACCGUUCAUUCAUCCGGAUUUUUUAAAAGAACCAGAAAGAGUAAAGAGACAAAUUUCAAAAGAUUCGUCAACAAGUUCCUAUGACCCUACAUGUUCUGGACUAGACAGACAAAGACUGUUGUGGAAGAAUAGAAACCAAGGUUGUGAUGACGUUUUUCUGUGUUCAAGUAUCGCGUCUACGUCGAGCGCCACAACACAGGGAAAUACGCGAAAAACGGAUUUCGCAGAUCGCUGGGCUAAAGCCAUGGCAAUAAAUUUACACAGUUGUCCAGUCAAUUUAAAUGAGCAUGCAGAAGCACCAUUCAAUGAUACAGUUGAUGACUAUGUAGACAAUUCAAACAAUAAUAGUCAAGCCAGUUUACAUCUUCGUGCUCUACAUAAUGCUCCUGUUAUAGAAGUGACAAACACUGACGAAAUUUCAUCUCUGGCGUCACUGUCGUCUGCUGUAGAUAGUGGCUCCAUACCAAUGUCGUCUGGUGAAGCUUCAACCAAAACAUCCGAAUCAAAAUAUGAUACCAAUGGAAACUCGUUUAAAGAAAAUAUAGCGGAACAAACAAAUAGACAUAUUAUUCCAGCAGAUAUCUGGGUCUUGCGCGGUAUUUCUCAGAAUUAAUUCAAUGAUUUUAAGCUGUGUUAUGGCCCUUGAUUCAGCAAAUUAUAUAAUGUUUCGUUCACUUCUUUUAUAUUACUGGGCGGAUUUCCAUCAGACAUUACAGGGGUGAUCGGGGCCUCCGUAGCCGAGUGGUUAAGGUCGCUUACUUCAAAUCACUUGCCCCUCAUCGAUGUGGGUUCGAGCCUUACUCGGGGCGUUGAAUUCUUCAUGUGAGGAAGCCAUCCAGCUGGCUUACGGAAGGUCGGUGGUUCUACCCAGGUGCCCGCUCGUGAUGAAAUAGUGCACGGGAGGGCCCCAGGGGUCUUCCUCCAACAUCAAAACUAGAAAGUCGCCAUAUGACCUAUUAUUGUGUUGGUGCGACGUUAAACCAAACAAAAUAAAUAAAUACAGGGUUGAUCAGUGCUAAGCAUAUACAUGUUGUCGACAUGUUCUGGUAUAUUCAGAUAUGAUUUGUCGUAUUUUACCUUGUCCUAGCAACGAUCAUAGUCUAGUUUGUGCAUAUCGUGGACAUUUUCCUGUUCGGUGUUUUCAUUAAAGUUAUAGCCAUUGA